GCUUCGGGGGAGGGCGCGGGUGGGGAAAGACGGACGAAACCCUGCCGACCUCUUGGGCCAACAACUGUCAAACAUCUGGAAUCCAGCCCCUCCCUUCCCCUGCGCCGAGGAAGGUAAAAAGCCCUCAACUUUCCUUUGAUUGUCCUCCUUGCCUCGGGACCCCUCUCGGAAUGGAAAAGGGCCGACGACCUUUAGGAAGAAACAUGAGGUUCUCUUGGAAACUAUUCAAGAGGAAUAUGGAAGGGGCCGCUUAAAAGAGAUUAAAAGCUAGACCGCAAGACUGGGGCCAGAGGGCUGGCAGUGGAAAACCCUGCUGGGUUGUGACCUCUCUCUGAAAAGUUCUACGUGCCUUUUUGCUUCCUGCAAAAGAAAAGAAGAGAAGGAAAAGACCAUGUCCAUAGCCUUGAAGCAGGUGUUCAACAAGGACAAGACCUUCCGGCCCAAGAGGAAAUUUGAACCUGGCACACAGAGGUUUGAGCUCCACAAACGGGCUCAGGCAUCCCUCAACUCAGGCGUGGACCUGAAGGCAGCCGUGCAGCUCCCCAGCGGGGAGGACCAGAACGACUGGGUGGCGGUGCACGUGGUGGACUUCUUCAAUAGGAUCAACCUCAUCUACGGCACCAUCUGUGAGUUCUGCACCGAGCAGACCUGCCCUGUGAUGUCAGGGGGCCCCAAAUACGAGUAUCGGUGGCAGGAUGACCUCAAGUACAAGAAGCCGACUGCCCUGCCAGCUCCCCAGUACAUGAACCUCCUUAUGGAUUGGAUCGAGGUCCAGAUCAACAAUGAGGACAUAUUUCCAACAUGUGUGGGUGUUCCCUUCCCAAAGAACUUCCUUCAGAUCUGCAAGAAGAUCCUGUGCCGCCUUUUCCGAGUCUUUGUCCACGUCUACAUCCACCACUUUGACCGGGUCAUUGUGAUGGGCGCAGAGGCCCAUGUCAACACCUGCUACAAGCACUUCUAUUACUUCGUCACAGAGAUGAACCUCAUAGACCGCAAGGAGCUAGAGCCUUUGGUGAAGAAAUCAUUUGCAGUGAGGAAAAUCCUGGCAUUUUACAGACAAACGGCCUUACAAAGAGAUGACGAGCAGGAUGUGUCACUAACGCCCCACCUCCCUUCAGAAGACAGAGGAAAGCCCUUCCCUCCUGGAGCCCUGCACCGGCCGGAGGGAGCCCUCCCCGCCGAAAUGGCACCUGCUUCCAGGAGCAGGAAAGGUGGAGACGAGCCGUGAUUCCUGAGAGACUUUCCCCCACUCACCCCGUGUGCCCUUAACCCUCUGAGUGCUGCUAGCCACGGCCUGUGGACGUGUCCGACCACAGCGUGCGGGAAGGACUGACCCCCUCCCUUCUGGCUCUCAAGUGCCCAGGAAGCCUCUGCACUUACCUGUGUGUCGCAGUCUGCCUGUGACCUGCCGCCUAAGCUUUACUGGAAUUCAGGUUUUGAGACCGAGACACUUACUUGUACUUUCCCACUCCUGUCUUGUCAACUGGCCGACUUUUCUGUACUGUGUCUUCUAAAUACCGGGCGAAUUUUGGAACUCUGGUUGAGCCGCAAGUUUGUCUAUAACAGGUCUUCCUUUCAGGUCUGUGAAAGGUUCCACCCUGGUCUGAUUCUGUGGCUUAACUUCCUGUAAGACCGUGGAGCCUGGAAGAGGUCUGAGACCCCCACCCUGCAGCCUCAGCAAGAAUUCCCUACUAGGCAGUUCUGUCAGGGCCCGCCCAUGACCCCAGACAAUGCUUAACUAUGGGGAAGGGCCUGGCUGAGAGCAUAACGCUGACAGGUUACCAGUUAACUCUGAAUAGAAUGUGUUUUUUUAUAGCCAUACCAUUCCUUGUCUCUUCUAUUCAAUGUUUUUCCUGUUUCCCGAGGAGAGGAAGUUAUAAAUGACCAAGAAUGAUCAGCAAAAGCUCUGAGCCAGAUUUGUGCAGUGUUUGUUCUUGAGCAAAGGGUAGGGAGUUCUGGCUGUCUCUACAUAAUAGUGAAAUUUCAGUGAAAAAAAAAAAGUGCCAUUGGCUAUUUGGCACACGUAGCUCAAACACGCAGCUCAUUGGCCUGUCGCCUUCCCAGCUGGCCCUCUGAGCUCCUAGUCCAGCCCAUGUUUUCUUUCUCUUCUUCUGCACUCCCCCUCCUUGGCCGUAUUAUAUUAUGGCACAGAAUUAAUUUCUGCCCCUAUGAUUGUGCCUCAGUUGCCAAGGCAACAGUGGAACUGGAGCUACCUUCCUUCUUCCAUUCCUUCCCAGUUUUCCUAUUCCAGUAAACAGAAUAACACAUUCUGUGCUACGUCCUGCCUUUGAAACCUAAGUGAAUCUUAGCUGAAGAAAUGUUGCCUUCUCUGCUUCAUUCACGAAACUGGUGGUGGUCCCGAGAGCCUGUGAUCUGAGGGGGAUAAUACUCCGGCGAUCAUUGGAACCUGACAAAAUAGCAGUUGGUGGAGGGGAGUAGAUAAGAAUGUAUUAGUGUAUUUUAAUGUAACACCGAUUAAAGAAUAACUAAACAACUCUGA